AUGAAACGAAAAAUGGAGGAAGAUAUACCUACGCCGACCGAGCCACCGUCAGCCAAACAGCCGCGACAAUCAAUGGCGCGCUCGGUGUCGGCGUGUGUUCGGUGCAGAAAACGAAAGUCGAAAUGUGACCAAAAGUUCCCGUCGUGUUCACGGUGUCUGGCGGCGGGAGUGGUGUGUAUGGGGCUGGACGCGGCCACCAAACGCGAGAUUCCUCGAAGCUACGUGUCGCAUUUGGAGUCGCGUAUAGCGGCGCUGGAGGGCAAGUUGGACGACGCCGGAAUCGAUUACUCCGAUCUAGAUACCCCUGCUGCUUCUGUCCCCAUCCCCAAGCCGAUCCAAACAACAGGAACAGCUACCACGCCAACCACGUCUUCGACAGCUACCCACGAAGACGGCAAAAACACAGCGCCUGUGGCAGAUCUCAUGGAAAAUGUUGAAAAGGCGUCACGUGCCAGCCACUCUAGCACAGGACAGGAUCUGUCGUUUGCAAAACUGCUGUUGACGGCCGUCAAGCUCAGAGCAAAGACAAAAAGCGACAGAACCACGCCGACAACGACCCAGACCCAAUACGAGGCAUGUAAGACGUUGCCGAGCAAAAGGGACGCCGAAAAACGCCUCUCGCAGUACUUUUGCCAGGCCAAUUCUCAGAUUCCCAUUUUCCACCGCGAACUGUUCAUCAAAAACUACUUUGUGCCAAUUUAUGGCCCCUUCAGUCCAGGAAUCAGUUUGGCUUCAGACUAUACGACUGUUGAAGUCGAUGCUGGUGAAGCUCAGCCAGUAGAACAGCCAAUAAUCACGUCAGAUACACCCCAGAUUCCACUCUACUUUCUGUUCAUCGUGUUUGGAUGCGCAACGAGCGUGCACCAACAACUGUACCCCGCGGGAGUGAGUGAAUCGUACCACCAAGCAGCCAUGGAACAUAUAGACUCUGCGUUUGCCAGUGCUAAUCGUCUGGAAGCGCUACAAGCCAUGCUGGUGCUCUGUCUCUUCUCCAUCAUGCGUCCCACCGUUCCAGGAGUCUGGUACACUCUUAGUAUGGCCCUGAGACUGUGCAUAGAUCUGGGCUUGCACAUUGAGACUUCCAACAACCGAGUGACCGACGGGUUCGACCUCGAUAUGCGAAGACGGCUCUUUUGGUGCACGUAUAUGCUUGAUCGGCAAAUCUGUGUCUACCUAGGCCGCCCCUUUGGCAUUCCCGAAGACUCGAUCCGAGUGCCCUUCUUCUCCGAGCUCGACGAUUCGCUCAUUGUGCCUCGAAACAACGUCGAUUACUCGCUUAUGACGUCGCCAGGCGGUAUCAAGUCGUAUAAGUACAUUUCUCUGGCUUUUGCAAGGGUCAGACAGAUCCAGGCCGAGAUCCAACGCAUGAUGUUUGAGUUCACCGAGAUUCCACGACGGUUUGCGACGUUUGCAGACUGGUUUCAGGACGUGUGUACCCGGCUGGACGAGUGGAUGGACUCGUGUCCAAACACAAACUUGCAGACCAACUGCGGUUUCACCACCACGUUUUUUGCACUCAAUUACCACCAAUCGCGUCUCCUGUUGUAUGGAGUGGGCCCCAAGAACCCUUCUCCUUCAGCUUACUCUCUGGAAUGUGUGCUAGAGGCUAGCAAGGGCAUCAUGACCAAGUACCACAGUCUACACCAGAUCAUGUCUAUCAACUACACGUGGGUGGCUGUUCACAACCUGUUUAUUGCCGGUACAUGCUUUCUUUAUGCCGUGUAUAACUCGUUGGUGUCUGGCCAGCAGCUAAUUAGCAGAGAAGACUACGAAACGGUGUCUAAACAGUGUGUGGUGGUUCUGGAUUCGCUGAUUGGCCGAUGUAAUGCUGCUCAGGUGUGCCAUGACACCUUUGAGCUCCUCUCUGCAGCAGUAUUCAAAAUGUGCUUCAAGGGAGGCAGUGUGCUUCGCAAAGUGAGCAAAGAUGGACUAGUGGAAGUGAUCCAAAACCACGACAAGCGGUUCAGCCACCUGGGAGCGCUGGUGGAACAGGUUCCCGACAACUGGAACGACGAUAGAAGGAAAAAACACCAAAAGCCUGUGGAGGUGCCUGUGCCUGACCUUGACGACUUUUUCAAGGAGGCUCAAAACCCGCCCAAUAUGGAGAUGACGGCGUCUCUGGAGGAGCCUCUGCCGUAUGCAUACUCGGGAGAAGUCUCGCCACAGCAGGAGGACUUAUACUCGCUCAUGAGUGAGGUUCCUCUGGGAAGUAUCUGGGAUCAGUAUUUUAAGGAGGGCGCAGGAGGAGGUCCUAGGUAG